AUGGUUGUCCAACAUCACUCAUCUACCACCACCUCACCUCACUACUACACAAUACAAACGACAAUGACGGUGCAGGAGAACGUCAACCAGGAGCCUAUCGAGCACCGAUUCAACCCCUACGGCGACAACGGAGGAACCGUACUCGGAAUCGCAGGAGACGAUUUCGCCCUGCUGGCCGGCGAUACCCGAAAUACAACCGGCUACUCCAUCAACUCGCGGUACCAACCCAAGGUGUUUGACGUCGGAGACAACAUUCUGGUGACCGCCAACGGCUUUUCCGCCGACGGUGACGCCCUCAUCGAGAACAUCAAGCAGCACGUCGAGCUGUACCACUACCAGAACAACAAGCCCCUCAAGGUGCAGUCGUGUGCGCGAGCCAUCCAGCACAUGCUCUACAACAAGCGGUUCUUCCCCUACUACGUGCACACCAUCAUUGCUGGUCUGGACGAGGAGGGAAAGGGCGCCGUGUACUCGUAUGACCCUGUAGGAUCGUAUGAGCGGGAGUUCUGCCGAGCUGGAGGCUCUGCUGCCUCGCUGGUCAUGCCCUUCCUCGACAGUCAGGUCAACAAGAAGAAUCAGCAGGUGGAGAACCCACCACCAUUGACUCUGGAGGAGGCUCUCAAGGUGGUCAAGGACGCCUUUUCGUCUGCUACCGAGCGACACAUUCAUGUUGGUGACGGUCUGGAGAUUCUCAUUGUCACCAAGGAGGGCGUUCGAAAGGAGUUUUUCCCUCUCAAGCGGGAUUAA